AUGGCUCAUUGGAAGACCUCUCUCCUUGAUGCUGGAUUCACCGGGGACCUUGUGAUUCCAUCUGAUCCGGAUUAUGAUACCUCCCUCGCGCGUUUCGCUUCCAACGCCCAAAAGCCCGCUGGCCUCGUCGCCUUUGUCAAAUCGGCAUCAGAUGUCUCGCUCGUCAUCAAAUUCGCCACUUCUCAAUCUCCACCAAUACAAUUUGUUGUUCGCGGCGGUGGACACAGUACCAGCGGCGCCAGCAGUAGCGACGGUGGGAUUGUGAUCGACUUGUCGAGGUAUUUGAACACCGCGAGAGUUGACGUCGAAAACAAAAGAUGCUAUGCCGGCGGAGGAUGUAAUUGGGCCGCCGUUGACGCAGAAGCGAUCAAGUAUGGUCUUGCGACGGUCGGUGGUACCGUCAAUCAUACUGGAAUAGGAGGUCUCACGCUCGGAGGUGGAUAUGGCUUCCUCACCGGCGCACACGGAAUGGUUGUCGAUAACUUACUCGGAGCGACCAUCGUCACGGCUGAUGGAUCCAUUCUCACCGUCAACGAUACUACAAACUCAGACCUCUUUUGGGGAAUACGCGGUGGUGGAUGCAACUUUGGCUGUGUCACCGAAUUCGGAGAGGUUAUUGAGGCGAUCGAAGGCUGGUAUACAGGUGCGAGUUCCGAUGAAGGUGCCAUGCUUGUGACCGCCACCAGAGGGCGCUCUGGUGGUCCGGAAGUCGCCGUCUUUAUCUUCUACAACGGAGAGGAGGACGAGGGCAAAAAUAGAUUCAAAAAGCUGUUAGAUCUUGGCCCGGUGGCAAACCUUGCAACGAUGAUCCCGUACGAAAAGCUUAAUGCGAUGCAAAACGAUGGUAUUCCUUAUGGGAUCAACUACCACCUCAACGGCGUCACGCGAACUGUGGUGCCGGCCGAUGUGGGACUAGCAGUGUUCAACAAGCUCAUUGAAACCGCCAAUGCUCCUUCCUCCACCAUCGCUACCUCCACGCCUUCUCUUAACGCCGCCCAUCCGGACUCUGCCACCAAUGAUAUAGUCGCUCCCGAAGCCAAACUAGAUUCCGAACCAGUGAUGGUUCUUCUAUGGGAGUACUACAACCUCAACAAGCAAAGCAGUAUUCCAGCAGAUGCGACUGCCUACCGAAUGCGUGUCAAACGACCACUCGUCACUCUGCUGAUCACCUGGAAGGGGGAUUCGGUCGGAGCGAGCAAGGACGCGAAGGCGAGGUUGACGGCGAUGAAAAUGUUCUGCGAGGGAGCCUUCGGAAGCGUAAAGGCGAAAGUUGAAGAAGAUGAUACCGGUUACGGGAACAAUGAAAUCGGGAACCCUCAAAGUUCGGACGCGGCUGCGGCCCUUUACGGUCGAAAUUAUCCUCGCCUCCAGGAGAUCAAGAAGAAGUAUGAUCCGAAUAUGGUAUUCAAGGCGUGGUACCCUAUUCGUCCGGCCGCAUAG